AUGGAGCCGACAUUACUAAAAGCGUUAAUAGAAGGUGCGGUAAACAGUGCGCUCCUCGAACAAGAGAGGAGACUAAAAGACGAGUUCCGAGCGGAACUUGAAACAGUUAGAGGUCAGGUUAAUGCAUUAAGAAUAGAGACCCCACAAGUUGAAACAUACCAGAGAGUAACAAUUGACCCUAGUGUGGGAUGUGAGGUGAAGUUAGACAUUGUAAAAUCAGUGCCUAGCUUCAAUGGAAAUCAUGAGGAAUACGUGCCGUGGCGACAGGCGGCUAUAGACGCAUAUGAGAUUUUCAAAAGAUACGUAGGCAGCGAGGCGCAUUACGAGGCUGUGGCCAUUUUAAAAAACAAAGUAACUGGUCCAGCUCGUGCCAUCCUUACGUCGCACAAUACAGUGCUUAAUUUUGACGCCAUUAUCGCUAGGCUCGACUGCUCGUACGCAGACAAAACAUCCUUGCGCGUACUUAGGCAGCAACUAGAAUUGGUUAGGCAGGGUGACCUAAACUUAAUGGAAUAUUACGAUGAGGUAGAAAAGAAGCUCACUCUGGUCACAAAUAAAAUAGUAAUGACUCAUGACGAGCAAGCUGCGUCCAUUCUUUGUGCAGAAAUUAGAGACGAUGCACUACACGCUUUCAUGGCAGGACUUAGGAGGCCCCUAAAAUCUUUAGUAAUCCCAGCGAAACCCAAGGAUUUGCCAUCUGCAUUAGCAGUGGCCCGUGAGGCUGAAAAUAGCAUCGAAAGAAGCGCAUUUGCUGCAUCUUAUGCUAAAGUAAUUGAAGAAAGAAACCAUAGCGGCGAUAAUACUAGAUUUGGCAAUCGUAACCAAGCUAGACAAGGCAGGGGCCAGGAAAGAAAUCCACAUUUUGUGGGAAAUCAAGGCCAAAGCAGGGCACAGCAAGCUGACACUAAAACGCUAGCGAAUGACAAAGAGCCACAAUCAAAGUAUCAGGCUCAACCCAUGGACGUUGAUCCUUCGAUGUUCAAGUUAAGACAACAGACCAAUUGGGGAAAGCCACAGGGCUAUUCGACACAAGACGGGGCUCGGAAAAGGCAUAACACUUCAGAACGCACGUCAGGCUAUAGGCGCCAAAAGAUUAACAAUAUUACGCAACGAGCGCCUACCCAAGACGAGAAAGAAUACGAAGAAAUGGCCGAAACUGCGCGUGCUGAAAUAGAUGACGAAAGUGGCGAACCCGAGGACAACGAUUUAUUAAAUUUUUUAAGAGGUCGUUCCCGAUUGCCGUUCGUCGAGCGUCAAUUGGCUGGCAAAACAUUAAAGAUUCUUAUCGACACCGGGGCGGCAAAAAGUUACAUUAAACCCGUAAAGGAGUUAAAAAACGUAACACCAGUCGACACCCCUUUUACUGUGAACUCCAUUCACGGGUCCAGUAAAAUUCAAAAAAAAUGUUCAAUAGUAAUUUUUGGGAAAGUUGCCACGUUUUUCAUAUUAGAUACCCUUGACACCUUUGAUGCUAUAAUAGGCUUCGAUCUGCUCACGCAGGCGGGGGUAACUAUUGACCUGAUGGAAAACAGCAUAAACUACGGUAAUACUUCGGAAAUACUCAAUCACCAUCCGUGCGAUAACGUGAAAUUUACACGUGUCGAUGAUAUCGUAGUCCCAAAUUCCGUAAAAGGCGAAUUCAAGAAAAUGAUACUGAAGAGAAUUAGUGCAUUCGCGACCUCUAACGAGGCACUGCCUUACAAUAUUUCAGUCGUCGCCAGGAUCCGGACUGUAGACAAUAAGGAGGUAUAUUCAAAGCCCUAUCCAUACCCAGUAGGCGUGUCAGAUUUUGUAAACAACGAAGUCGCACAGCUGUUGAAAGAUGGCAUCAUAAGGCCACCAAGAUCUGCGUAUAAUAGCCCAGUCUGGGUUGUUGAUAAGAAAGGAAUAGAUUCCAACGGAAAUAAGAAUAAACGGCUGGUCAUUGACAAAGAUCGACUAAUAAAAGCUCAGCAAGAUCAAUUAGCUAGAUGCAACCCGAACAGACAGAACAGGAUGUUUGAUACUAUUUGUAAGAAAGUUAUGAUAUAUCCUGUUGCCCACAAUAACACCAUUCUGCAAGUACAUGAUAACAUAGUAGCUGAAUGCGACGAUGGAGUCCUAGCUGUGACAGAAUGCGCUACAACCAACUGUGCGACGUUCUGCAAGAAAUCUGCUUACGACACAUGCGCCAGCGGUUUACAUUCCGCAGGCUCAGCGUUAUGCCACACACAGCCAAGCCACUUGGAACCGAUUACCCUAUUAGACGAAGGAAUAAUCGUUGUCAACGAAGUAUCAGCAAGAGUAAGAGUAGAUGACGGCCCAGUGAUGACAAUUGAAGGCACGCAUCUCAUCACAUUUGAACGUAUUGCGACUAUAAACGAGACCACAUACAUUAACUAA